GCAUGUCAUGUCAAGAGACUAAAGCCUGAGUUGAACCCUGCGGCGCCGUCACACUUCAAAGACAGAGUAAAUGCAUAAAAUCCGGAGCCUCUUUGUAGCCAAUUUGGCUAAAGUGUACAGCAGAUUGUCCACAAGACGAAAAAGCACUGGAGAAAGACCGUCAGCUCCACUGGGUUCGCGGUUUCUGACCAAUCAUGAUGACAUCUUUAAACACAACAUGUGGGACCAUGUGCAGUGGACGGAAGAGGAUAAAGAAAAUGCACGACAAAAGGCACAAGAAAAUUCCCUUGUCCAAAUUCCCUUGAAGGAACAAGGUAAAUUUGAUACAGACGCUCACUGCUACUGGGACCAGUUUUAUGAGAUGCACCAGAAUAAGUUCUUCAAAGAUCGCAAGUGGCUAUUUUUAGAAUUCCCAGAACUUAUUCCUUCAGGUUCAAAAAGCCAGGCCACAAGCAGGUGUCAAGGUGAUCAGCAGACAGAAAUCCUGCUCCCUAAUGGAUCCAGCCUCAAUGCAGGGACCAGUCUCCAUCAACACAGUGAUACCACUUCCUAUCACAGACAUGUCUCUGAUUAUGCAAGUGCCUGUCAAGGAGCAUCAGAAGAAAAAAAUGUUCUCCAGACUUCUACCUUCCCUGGACAACAUGCAUCUUUCAGGAUAUUGGAGGUUGGAUGUGGAGUUGGUAACAGCGUAUUUCCAAUUCUUAAUUCCAUAAGAGGACGUGAUGCAUUUUUAUAUUGUUGUGACUUCUCCCCACGUGCCAUUCACCUGGUCAAGAGCCAUGGAGACUAUGAUGACUCUGUGUGUCACGCCUUUGUCCAUGACAUUUGUGAGGAGAUGGCCUCCUUUCCCUUCCCUAUUCAGAGCCUGGAUGUUAUUCUCGCAGUCUUUGUGUUCUCCUCCAUUCAUCCAGAGCGAAUACAGAAAGUAGUGAAUCGACUAGCAACAUACCUGAAACAUGAAGGGACAUUCCUUUUCCGUGAUUAUGGGAGAUAUGACUUGUCACAGCUCAGGUUUAAGAAGGGACGGUGUUUAUCAGAGAACUUCUACACUCGUGGAGAUGGAACCUGUGUAUAUUUUUUCACCAAAGGUGAGGUUCAUGAUUUGUUUUCCAAUGCCGGACUGGAAGAAAUUCAGAAUCUGGAGGACAGGCGGCUUCAAGUGAACAGAGGAAAGAAAAUUGCAAUGCACCGUGUUUGGAUGCAAAGCAAAUACAGGAAGCCACUUCCGCCUUCACCACUGUAACACUCGGCCAUGCACAACCCUUAGACUUUACAGCAUAUCCAUUCAGCUCUGAUGACUUUGUAAAUGUGAUUUUUUUUUUUCUUUACCUACAACAUCUCUGUAUGUAAUAAAUUUGUUUGUAAGA